AUGGAGCUACGUAAAUGGAAUCUGCUAGUAGUGAAGAAUGGGUAUGAUAUAUUAAAAACGCUACCUUCACAUAAAUUAUAUUAUGAUUUUAACCAAGUGGUAGAAUCUGACAAAAAAAAUGUAUAUGAAGAAUAUUGCAGUGAAAUAAGUACUUAUAAGAAUGAAUUCCAGUGGCUCCCUGAUUUUUGCGUUCAAUUUGCAAAAAAUUUAACUAAUGUUAAUAUAACUAAAGAUGUAAACUCAAAACAUAGUUGUUUACUAUUGAAUUAUUGGAUAUAUGAAGAAAUAUUGAAAAAGCACAAAAAUAAAACGGAUAAUGUUUACGACAUGAAAUUUUUUCGUAAGAUUUAUGAAAUAGGGAAAAAAAUUAAUGAUAAAAAAUCAGAUGAUUAUUAUUGUGCUUGUUAUUUUUAUGGCACUUUGGGAGAAUGGAAAGAAGAAAAAGAUUUACAUGACUAUUUUAAAAAUUACGAAGAUAUUAAAAAGAAAAUUAGUUCCAUUAGUAAUGAAUGCAGUAAAUAUCACACCUAUCUUAUGUAUAUAAAAGAAAUUUAUAAGGAGCAUGAAGAUAUUUGCUGCAUUUUUGGUGAUAUAUAUUGCCAUCGUUAUUUUAAUUGUGAUUACAACAAGAGUCCAAGCAAUCUGAUAUCUAAAUUAAAAUGUCAUAACCAGGAAAAAAAGGAAUAUGAAUUAGAUUCUAAUGAUGAAGAAAAAUCUGAGAAUCCAAAAUUAGAAAAUUCCAUGAUAAUUAAAUAUGGGAGAUGUAUUAAAACUAAUGAUGACAAAGGUGAAAAGUUAGGAUAUAAGUGCGUUUUUCCAGAGAAUCAGAAAUUAGCACAAGAAGGAGAAACUUCUGAUAGUAAUAAUAGAAAUGUAAAUUUAGGAAAUUACAUAUCAGCAGUUGACCUAUCGACGUACAAAAAAUUGGCAGAAAUAAAAGUUAAUUCUUAUAAUAAUCAAGGUAAUGAUGCUUUUAACAAAUAUUUACCAAAAAACAUGCUAACAUUAUUUUCUGAUGUUCCAAUUAAUGUACGAAAUUCCUAUUUUGAUAUAGAAGAAUUAUCUUGUUUAUAUGGUAACUCGAAAAAAUCAGAAAUAUGCAAAAAAUUUAAGGAAAAGCGUGAGCAUGAACUUCUUGAAAAAAUAAUAAAAUCUAAGGGAUUAGUGGGUGGCGUAAAUAGAGAAUCCGUUAAAGUGAGAGGAUUACCAGGUGGGGAAAGUGCAACAUCUGUUGAAUACAACGAUCAAUUAGAUGUUGUAGAAUCAGGGCAUGAUAUUAUGAAAGGCACUUUAUUCCGUGUUGGUGCGGUAACUGUAUUAAGCCUAGGGACGAUUGUUCUACUUUUUUUAUAUUACAAAUUUACACCAUUUGGCUCAUGGUUAAAUAGAAAAGUAUUGAAGAAAAAAAAUAAAAAUUAUAAUUUUCAGGAAGGGUUUAAGCGUGAAUUAAUAAAAAAUUCAUCACAAGGCAAUCGUAUUUAUUCAAAAAAAAAAAGAGUUCCUAUAGCUUACCAUCAAAUGCAUAAUAUAUAA